AGCCGUUCCUCUUUGCUCCUCCGCUUUACCUUUGUGCCGUUUCUGCGUCGGCGUGUCGCUGUGUCGACGUCGCUUCUCAAACAGCAGGAUUGUGUGACGGUACCUCCUCGUUUCUCAGGGGACCUUGGGAUCUGGUGUCAGUGAGCGGACUGUCCUGUGAGUGGACACAACAGAGCUGUCCAUUCCACCCCGUCUCCGGUGCUGCGUGGUCCUAGUGUCCUGCCUCUUUCAGCCGCUAGUGUGAAGAUCACCGGCCCUCCGGCUGGCGCCAAGUCAGCCCUCACCCAGCCAUUCAUCCAGCCAUCCAUCUUCCUAUUAGUCUGACCUGUCCCACCCCAUCCUCUCAUCUCCAUCCCCCAUCCUCACUCGGCCCAUGAGAGCAGUGCUACCAGCAUGGCGUUCUCAUCGCGCUUUUCGUUCUGGGAGCAGAAGGUUAAAGAGGAGACCAAGGCGCCCCCCAAGAGCUCCAAGGAAAGCUCUGACAGCGACGGCAGCAUGAGCAGUCGCUCACAGUCUGCGCCUAGUCUGGAGCCGGGCAAGGCACUGUUACGCACCAAAAGCCCGGAUUCCACCCAGUGGCCCCCUCAGCAGGGGCGGCUGAAGAGUCCGUCCCCACCCCGGGGGCGAACAUCCUUCCGGAGCCCAGAGCCUCCCGUCCUGAAUGGAGACAGCAAGAGCAAUGGUCUGGGCCAGGCGAGCCCUGCUGAGGAUCGUGGUUCCGGCCCCAAGAGGGUGGUGAAGGUGGUGCGGCGAGUGGUGAGGAAGGUGCUGCCCAGCGAAGAUGGCGAGGCCACAUUGACACCCCCUGGUCCUGAGCAGGCGGCCAACAAACCCAUACCAGAACCUCCGAAGACCUCAUCCGCACCCUCAGUGGUCCCCAAGGCCACUCCAAAGGCCAUAUUUUCCUUUAAACAUGACAACAUUAAGAUGGAGGAGAAGGAUGACAUCACAGCAGGGCUUGCUAGUCUGAUGGUCCGAGGCAGGUCAAGGGAGCACAAACCACGAUCCCGGAAGGAGGAGCCUUCUGAUAUGCAUGAGGACAAAGAAGAAAGGAAGGAUGGAAUGGAGAUUUUCAAGUCAACUGAGGAGAGUAUUGAGAAUGGUCCCGCUGCCCCUCAUACCGAAGAGAAGAAUAGUUCAAACUCUUCCCCGGUUGUCGUCUCACCUCCACCCAAGUCAUCUUCCCUGACUCCUCCCCCUGGUUUCAUACCGACACCCAAACCCUCUGCUCUCUCUCCACCUCCUGGUUUCAUACCAGCUCCGAAACCAACCACUGCUGCUCCACCCAAGUCAAACCCCCUGUCUCCACCUUCUGGGUUUGUACCUCCGCUCAAGUCAAAACCCUUCUCCCCACCUCCUGGAUUUAUACCUCCGCCCAAACCAAGCCCUCUCUCACCGCCUCCUGGAUUCAUCCCAGCCCCCAAACCCAUGGCUGUAAAGAAGCUUGAGAUGAAGGCAGUAUCUCAACUGGCCUCUGGCUCGGCCCCACGCCCUUCUCCUGGAAGCAAGCCGUUGCAGGGGUCCACUGCUCUGGUCAAACAGGUGGCGCAGCUGACCCCCACCGAAGAAGCUCAGAGACGGCUGGAGAGGAUCUUCACCUCAUCUGUGGAGCCCGCGGCCGCCGGCCCGACAGCCCCCGCGCAGGGACAGGUGGACGAGGACCCUGUGGGCGUCCUGCAGGCGGCCCACACCGCGGCCGCCCAACCAAAGGUGAAGACGGAGGAGCAGAUUGCCGCGGAGCAGGCAUGGUACGGCUCGGAGAAGGUGUGGCUGGCCCACAAGGAUGGCUUUUCGCUGGCAACGCUGCUGAAGACAGAGACGGGCGCUCUGCCGGAGGGGAAGGUCAAGAUCAAACUGGAGCACGAUGGGACAGUACUGGACGUGGACGAGGAUGACGUGGAGAAGGCGAACCCACCCUCCUUCGACCGCGCAGAGGACCUGGCCUCCCUGCUCUACCUCAAUGAGUCCAGUGUCAUCCACACCCUGCGGCAGCGCUACGGCGGCAACCUCAUCCAUACCCACGCUGGCCCCAGCAUGGUGGUGGUCAACCCCGUCAGCACCCCCUCCAUGUACUCCGAGAAGGUGAUGCACAUGUUCAAGGGCUGCAGGAGGGAGGACACAGCUCCUCACAUCUACGCCGUGGCCCAGACGGCUUACCGCAACCUGCUGACCACGCGGCAGGACCAGUCCAUCGUGCUGCUGGGCAAGAGCGGCAGCGGCAAGACCACCAACUGCCAGCACCUGGUGCAGUACCUUGUCUCCAUCGCCGGCAGCACCGGAAAGAUCUUCUCCGCCGAGAAGUGGCAGGCCGUCUACACCAUCCUCGAAGCCUUCGGCAACAGCUCCACCUCCAUGAACGCCAACGCCAGCCGCUUCUCCCAGAUCGUCUCGCUGGACUUCGACCAGGCCGGCCAGGUGGCCUCCGCCUCCUUCCAGACCAUGCUGCUGGAGAAGCUGCGGGUGAGCAGACGGCCCGAGGGAGAGUCCACCUUCCAUGUCUUUUACUACCUGAUGGCCGGGGCAGAGAGCACACUCAGAACAGAGCUGCACUUCAACCACUUUGCUGAGAACAGCGCUUUCGGCAUCGUGCCGCUGUCCAAGCCCGAGGACAAGCAGAAGGCCUCCCAGCAGUUUACCAAGCUCCAGGCCGCCAUGAAGGUCCUGGGAAUUUCGGCGGAGGAGCAGAAGGCCCUGUGGCUCGUCCUGGGUGCCAUCUACCACUUGGGCGCUGCUGGGGCCACCAAAGAGGCUGAUGAAGCUGGACGCAGGCAGUUUGCGCGCCACGAGUGGGCCCAGAAGGGAGCCUACCUGUUGGGCUGCACCCUGGAGGAGAUCUCCUCCGCCAUCUUCAAGCACCAGGCCAAGGGCGCCCUCCAGAGGUCCACCUCUUUCCGCCAGGGGCCGGACGACCCGACAUCCGGGGACAGCUCAGGACCAAAGAUCACGGCCCUGGAGUGUCUCGAGGCGAUGGCGUCAAGCCUGUACUCUGAGCUCUUCACACUCCUCAUUUCCCUGGUCAAUCGUGCCCUGAAGUCCAGCCAGCACUCGCUGUGCUCGCUGCUCAUCGUGGACACGCCGGGCUUUCAGAACCCGCGUCUUGCCAAGCGGGAGCGCGGCGCCACCUUCGAGGAGCUCUGCCACAACUAUGCCCAGGAGCGCCUGCAGACGCUCUUCCACGAGCGCACCUUCGUUCAGGAGCUCGAGCGGUACAAGGAGGAAAACAUAGAGCUUGCAUUAGAUGACAUAGAGUCCAGUACAUCUCAGUCAGUAGCCGCUGUAGACCAGGCCUCAACUCAAGCGCUGGUGCGGACCCUGGCCCGGACGGACGAGGCGAGGGGUCUCCUCUGGCUCAUGGAAGAGGAGGCUCUGCAACCGGGGGGCUCCGAGGACACGCUCCUGGACCGCCUGUUCAGCUAUUACGGGCCGUCCGAGGGCGAGAGCAAGGGGCACAGCUUGCUGCUGAAGAGUGAGAAAGCGCAGCACUUCCUGUUGGGCCACAGUCACGGAACCGACUGGGUGGAGUACAACGCGCAGGGCUGGCUGAGCCACGCCAAGCAGAACCCGGCCUCCCUCAAUGCCGCCAUGCUGCUGCAGGACUCCCAGAAGAAGAACAUCAGCAGCUUGUUCGUGGGCCGAACGGGCGGAGCCACCGUGCUGUCGGGAUCCAUCGCGGGCCUGGAAGGCGGCUCCCAGUUGGCUCUUCGCCGUGCCACCAGCAUGAGGAAGACCUUCACCACCGGCGUGGCUGCUGUCAAGAAGAAGUCCUUCUGUAUCCAGAUAAAGCUGCAGGUGGAUGCCCUGAUCGACACGGUACGGAGGUCCCGGGUCCACUUCGUGCACUGCCUGCUGCCCAAGGUGGAUACUCUGAGCGGGGAUGUGCGUGUGCUGAGUGGCCCCUCACCCCGGCCUGGCGAUGGCGAACCCCACGGAGAGAGCUGUGACACUGGCCUGAUGCAGCUGGAUGUGGCCCUGCUACGUGCUCAGCUCCGUGGCUCCAAGCUGCUGGAUGCCCUCCGGAUCUACCGACAGGGUUACCCCGACCACAUGGUCUUUUCGGAAUUCCGCCGCCGCUUCGAUGUGCUGACACCCCACCUGACCAAGAAGCACGGACGCAACUAUAUCGUCACGGAUGAGAAGAGGGCUGUCGAGGAGCUGCUGGAGUCCUUGGACCUGGAGAAGAGCAGCUAUCACAUGGGCCUGAGCAGGGCGUUCUUCAGAGCUGGAAUCCUGCCCAAGCUGGAGGAGCAGAGGGAUGAACAGACGAGGCGCAACAUCAUGCUGUUCCAGGCUGCCUGCAGGGGUUUUCUGGCCCGGCAGUCCUUCAAGAAGAGGAAGAUCCAGGACCUGGCCAUCCGCUGCAUCCAGAAGAACAUCAAGAAGAACCGUGGCGUGAAGGACUGGCCCUGGUGGAAGCUCUUCACCACCGUGAGGCCGCUCAUCGAGGUGCAACUCACCGAAGAGCAGAUCCGAGGCAAAGACGAGGAGAUCCAGCAACUGAAAUCGAAGCUGGAGAAGGUGGAGAAGGAGAGGAACGAGCUGAGGCUCAACAACGACCGGCUGGAAAGCAGGGUCACGGAGCUGUCGUCGGAGCUGGCCGAUGAGAGGAACACGGGCGAGUCGGCCUCGCAGCUGCUGGAGUCGGAGACCUCAGAGCGCCUGCGUCUGGAGAAGGACAUGAAGGACCUGCAGGCCAAGUUCGACGCUAUGAAGAAGCAGAUGGAGGCCAUGGAGAUGGAAGUGAUGGAGGCCCGGCUCCUGCACGCGUCGGAGCUCAACGGGGAGGUGGACGAGGACGACACGGGGGGCGAGUGGAGGCUGAAGUAUGAGCGCGCCGUCCGGGAGGUGGAUUUCACCAAGAAGCGGCUGCAGCAGGAGUUUGAUGACAAGCUGGAGGUGGAGCAACAGGGCAAGAGGCAGCUGGAGAGGAAGCUGGCGGACCUGCAGGCGGAUGGCGAGGAGGCGCAGCGCACCGUGCAGCAGCUCAAAAAGAAGUGUCAGCGUCUGACGGCCGAGCUGCAGGACACCAAGCUGCACCUGGAGGGCCAGCAGAGCCGCAACCACGAGCUGGAGAAGAAGCAGAGGAAGUUCGACUCGGAGCAGUCCCAGUCCCAGGAGGAGGUUCAACGGGAGCGGAGCCAACGGGAGAAGCUCGCUCGAGAAAAGGACAUGUUGACCGGGGAGGUGUUCAGCUUGCGGCAACAGCUGGAGGAAAAGGACCUUGAGAUGUGUGCUGUGAACCUGAAGCUGGAGCAACUGGAGGCUGAGCUGCAGGACUUCUCCUCCCAGGAGUCGAAGGACGAGGCCUCGCUGGCCAAGGUGAAGAAACAGAUCCGUGACUUGGAAGCCAAGGUCAAAGAUCAGGAGGAGGAGCUGGACGAGCAGGCGGGCACCAUCCAGAUGCUGGAGCAGGCCAAGCUUCGCCUUGAGAUGGAAAUGGAGCGCCUGAGACAGACGCACACCAAGGAGAUCGAAAGCAAGGAUGAGGAGGUGGAGGAGAUCAGGCAGUCCUGCAGUAAGAAGCUGAAGCAGAUGGAGGUGCAGCUGGAGGAGGAGUACGACGAAAAGCAGAAGGUCCUGCGGGAGCGGAGGGAUCUGGAGGCAAAGCUGCUGGCUGCGCAGGACCAGGUGAGCCACAGGGACGUGGAGUCGGAGAAGCGCUUGAGGAAAGACCUGAAGCGCACCAAGGCCCUGCUCGCUGAUGCCCAGAUCAUGCUGGACCACCUGAAGAACAAUGCCCCCAGCAAGCGGGAGAUCGCCCAGCUCAAGAACCAGCUCGAGGAGUCCGAGUUCACGUGCGCGGCUGCCGUCAAGGCCCGCAAAAGCAUGGAGGCUGAGAUUGAGGACCUGCACGUCCAGAUGGAUGACAUCUCCAAGGCCAAGAUCGCACUGGAGGAGCAGUUGAGCCGGGUGCAGCGGGAGAAGAAUGACCUGCAGUCCCGUAUGGAGGAAGAUCAGGAAGACAUGAACGAGCUGAUGAAGAAGCACAAGGCCGCUGUCGCCCAGUCAUCUCAGCACCUGGCUCAGAUUAGUGACCUCCAGAGCCAGCUGGAGGAGGCCACAAAGGAGAAACAGGAGAUUCAGGAGAAGCUCCAAUCCCUGCAGAGCCAGCUGGAGUUCCAGGAGCAGUCCAUGGUGGAGAAGUCUCUGGUCAGCCGGCAGGAGGCCAAGAUCCGAGAGCUGGAGACCAAGCUGGAGUUCGAGAAGACUCAAGUCAAGCGCCUUGAAAGCCUGGUGGCACGGUUGAAGGAGAGCCUGGAGAAGCUGACGGAGGAGAGGGACCAACGCACCGCCAGCGAGGUACGGGAGAAGGAGCAGAACAAGCGGCUACAGCGGCAGAUUCGGGAUAUCAAGGAGGAGAUGGGCGAGCUGGCCAAGAAGGAGGCAGAAGCCAGCCGCAAGAAGCACGAGCUGGAAAUGGACAUUGAGAGCCUGGAAGCUGCCAACCAGAGCCUCCAGGCUGACCUCAAGCUGGCCUUCAAACGCAUCGGUGACCUGCAAGCCGCCAUCGAGGACGAGAUGGAGAGUGAUGACAACGAAGAUCUCAUUAACAGUUUACAAGACAUGGUGACAAAAUAUCAGAAAAGGAAGAACAAAACUGAGGGCGGUUCCGAGACCGACUCGGAGGUGGAGGACCGCGUGGACGGGGUCAAAUCCUGGUUAUCCAAGAAUAAGGGCUCCGCCAAGAACCUGUCUGACGACGGCAGCCUGAAGAGCUCGAGAUACGGCCUAAACGCAGACGCAAAGGAGGGGAAGGAAGGUAACAAGGAAGGUAAAGAUUUAGAGCUGAGCAGACCUGUGUCUGUGAUGAGUUCCCUCAGCUAUAGGAAGAGGUCCAACCUGAAGGACUCCAUAGGCGGCCAGGGAGACGAGAGCUCCCUUUUCAGCGCCUUGAAAGGGCAGUCCGACUCCCAGGAUCUGUCGUCCUUCCGCAAGGCCAGGGCCAAGUCCUCGGACAAACAGGACGACAGCUACUCUGUCAGCUCGUGGAGGAAGUCGCAGGCCGGAGACGAUCUGGACGACCGGGGCUCCGUCAUCUCCCACGCUUACUCUGAGGCCACCAGCCGGGCCAGGAAGGGGCUGGAGAGCCGCUGGUCUGAGUUUGACAAGGAGUCGACGCUCUCCUCGCUGGGGCCCAGCAGGGCAUCUACCCGCCGUGGCAUAGACCCGGACGACGACGCCAAGUCCACAGCGAGCUUCGGCCUGUCCAGCCCCUUGAGCCUGCGACGCAGCUUCUCCCGCUUGGACGACUCUCGCGGCGAUGCCUUCGGAUCGGCCGUCAGCCCCAGCCUGAGCCGCCGCUCAGGGGGCCGAAGCCCAGGCAGCGUGAGCCGCGCCGACUCGCUAGCUCGCAGCUGCCGGUUGAGCGAGUUCGACGACGACGCCCUGAGCGUGGCCUUCAGCGAGGGCCGCUCCACAGCCUACAGCCCCCACUCGGGUGGCCGCAGCUUCUCGUUGCCACCCCAGGCUCGCUCCUCCGAUGGCAACCCACCGGACACGUCCGAUGCGAAGCCCGUGGGACACCGGAAUUACCUGGACCCGGACCUGGAGGCGGCCAUCAACGAGGUGCUCAGCUUCAAGCCUAUUAAGUUCAAGCGCCGGAGCCUGGAGGAGUCGGAGGGCGAGGGGGAUGAAGGGGACAAGGUGCCGGAUGGGGACGACGACCGUAGGAGUGUGAGGAGCAUGAGGGGGGACCUGGACGCAGGACGCAGCUCAUCCAGCCUGCGCCGCUCAGCCUCUGCCUCGGACUUCACCAGGCCCACCAGCAGCUGCAGCGCCCGCAGCGGCCGCAGCCACAAGGGCAAAGGCAAGAAGAAGCGGCGGGACCGCAGCUCGGACACGGACAGCUCCUCGCCUGACAGACGCCGCAAGAAGGGCUCCAGGAAGAAGGGCAAGAAGUCCAAGAAGAAGUCCAAGAAGAAGGAGAGCGACUCGGAGUCCUCGAGCUCCUCGUCCUCGGAGUCAGGUUCCAGCUCAGGGGCCUCCACCGUCUCCUAUCGCAGCUCCAGCAGCAUCAAGAAAGGCCCGGGCCGCGUGGCCUCCGGCUCCGAGGAGGAGAAGGACCGCAGCACCUCUGCCGGAGACCCGCCGCUAUCGAGGAAGGAGGAGAAGAAGCGCAAGAAGAAAGUGGACAACGUGAUGAUGAAGUACCUGUACAGGCCGGAUAGUGACUAGUCCUCGCACCCCCCCUCCUUACGAAGACGCUACGGCCUUGACAGAUCCGACGACGAAGAGGAAGAUGAGGAGAAAGAAGAAGGGGG